AUGGCCUUUCUGAAACACAGUACUGUGGUCAUGAUAGCAUGCGCUCUGCUGGUUGGGCUUUUCGUUCUGCAGCACCGUGGCACAAAUAAAGUUGCCUUUUUAUUUGCACCUAUAAUGAUCGUGUGGCUGUUGUCAAUUGCAACUGUUGGCGUGUACAAUAUUGUGACUUGGAACCCCAGUGUAUACAAAGCUUUAUCUCCCUACUACAUUUACAUAUUCUUCAGAGAGACGGGAAUAGAUGGAUGGCUAUCCCUUGGAGGCAUUCUUUUAUGCAUCACAGGAACGGAGGCUAUCUUUGCUGAACUUGGCCAAUUUACAGCUACAUCUAUAAGGUUUGCGUUCUGUUGUGUUGUCUACCCCUGUCUUGUGCUUCAAUACAUGGGCCAAGCUGCGUUUUUAUCAAAGAAUUUUUCUGCUCUACCUACAAGCUUUUAUGACUCCAUUCCAGGGCUCGCCUGCAUGACUCUAGCCUUUGUGACAACUUGGUUGAUGCCUCUCAUCAUCAACUUUGUCUGGAACCGUAAUAUCGUCUUCUCCGUCCUCUUCAUCCUCUUCUUUGGGACCAUAGAACUCAUCUUUGUUGCAUCGGCCUUGGUCAAAAUCCCUAAAGGAGGCUGGAUCACUCUCCUCCUUUCGGUCUUCUUCACCUUCAUCACAUACGUAUGGCACUAUGGCAGCAGAAAGAAGUACCUAUGCGACCAGCACAACAAGGUCCCUAUGAAAUCAAUCCUAAGCCUCGGCCCGAGCCUAGGGAUCAUCAAAGUCCCCGGGAUGGGUCUUAUCUACACAGAGCUAGCCAGCGGCGUUCCCGCCACCUUCACUCACUUUCUAACAAACUUACCGGCGUUCUACCAAGUUGUCGUCUUUGUCUGCUGCAAAACCGUCCCUGUACCGUAUGUACCGCAGAAAGAACGGUACCUUAUCGGCCGGAUAGGACCGAAAACUUACAGGAUGUACCGAUGCAUCAUCCGAGCCGGCUAUAAAGACGUGAACAAAGACGGGGACGACUUUGAGGAUGAGCUCGUGAUGAGCAUCGCUGAGUUUAUCCAGCUAGAAUCCGAAGGCUACGGCGGAUCAAACACUGACCGUUCCAUCGACGGUCGGCUCGCUGUUGUGAAAGCGUCAAACAAGUUCGGGACAAGGCUGUCUCGGUCUAUAUCCGAGGCUAACAUCGCAGGCAGCUCGAGAUCACAGACGACAGUAACGAACAGCAAAUCGCCGGUGCUGCUUAGAUUGAGAGCAGAGUAUGAGCAAGAGCUGCCGAAGCUGAGCAUGAGAAGGAUGUUUCAGUUCAGACCAAUGGACACAAAGUUCAGGCAACCGCAGGUGAAGGAAGAGCUGUUUGAUCUCGUGAACGCGAAGGACGCGGAAGUGGCUUACAUUGUCGGGCACGGUCACGUGAAGGCGAAGCGGAACUCAGUGUUUGUGAAACGGCUGGUGAUAAACGUGGCUUACUCUUUCUUGAGGAAGAAUUGUCGGAGCCCAGGCGUGAUGUUGAAUAUUCCUCACAUUUGUUUGAUUAAAGUGGGCAUGAACUAUUACUUGUAA